CGCUCGCACAACAAAGUUGAGGCAUGAGAAAAUGAUAUGGAUAACAGGCACAUAACCAUGGCUAACUUGUUUUAAGUACCUAGUCAAACAGAUGGAAAAUUAUUAAAUGAGGAAGUAUCAUCAAAUGUUCUAGAAACCUCAGUCAUGAACACUUAUGUUGACAACCUCAUUGAGGAUGAAGCUGAGAUAGAGCUUCUUCUUGCCAAACCGACCUGCUUCAUCAUUAUUGGGAAGCCAGGGGUUGGCAAAUCUACUCUUGCCACAAAAUUAGCCCAGUCCUGGAAGUGUGUCUUGAUUGAUGACACAGAAUUGCUCAACCAACACAUCAAUGAUCAAAGAGCUCAAGGAGUAGAGCUUCUUGAGAUUCUGAAUGAAGGGAAAAGUAUCUCAGAAGAGAUGGUGGUCCAGCUGAUUCUGGACAGACUCAAGUCACCAGAGGUCGAGCACUACGGUUAUGUGCUGAGCUGCUUGCCCUCCAUGUCAGAGGAGUACCUGAAGAUACUGGAGCAGAUUGAGUUCAUCAAGAACCUGAGACUGGCACCCGAUUUCAUCAUAAACAUCAAGUGUGCGGACAGGGACCUGAUCCACCGCCUAGCGGGCCAGAGGCAGCACCCCCUGACAGGCAGGGUGUUCCUCAGGGAGCAGUGGGACCCUGUGAAGAAAGAGACCACCAAGAAAAGGAAUGAGACAGACGAGGAUGAGGGGGAAGAGGAGGAAGGGGAGCUGGAGGAGGCAGAGGAGGUGGAGGAGCGCGAGCUGCAGAAGGACAUGAUUACCCAGCUGGUGCGAGCGCAGGAAAACUUCCCAGAGAACGCCUACCGCAGGGUUCUCCUGUACAAGGACACCAUUCUCAGACCUCUAGAGGACUACAUGGCAGACCAUGCUUCCCUGCACCUGUUUGAGCUGGAUGGGAAUAAAAACCCUGAGGAACUCUUCAUGUCAGUGCUCUUCCGUCUGGAGUCCAUGGCAGUGAGGAGGGUUGCUGUCCCCCUUCGGCUGCUCCAGAUCGACGAGGAAGAGCUGCCUGAUGAGAUUGACACGGAGGAGCUGUUGCGGACCAUGUCCUCCUCUAAGACAGUGGCCCCUGGGUUCAGGUGGAGGAGGAGUCGUUGGUGUAGAGCCUGCCCUGUGGCCCUGAAGGAAGGCAAGAUCAUCAAGGGAAAGCCCGAGUUCUCUGUGGGGUUCAUGGACAAAAUCUACAUCCUGUCUUCCCAGGAGGCCUUGGGGAGGUUUAUGCUGAACCCGCGGCGGUACCUCCUGCCACCCAUGCCGCGGCCGCCCUGCAAGGUGUCUGUGAUCGGGCCUCCAUGUGCAGGAAAGAGCACGCUGUGCGCCCUACUGGCCCAGCACUACGGAGCAGAGCUGGUGGACAUGGAGGUCUUGAUGAAGCCAGUCAUCGCCAAGGUCAAACAGGACAUGCUGGAGAAGGUCAAGAGAGACUCCACCCUCAUGGCUAUCGAGAGGGUCAAGGUCAAGAUGGAACUGGACGCCACCCACGGGUCCAUAAACAUGAGAUCCAACAUCAGUGAGGAGGAGUCUGAUGACAAUGAUUCAGCGACAUCCACGACCCACUCCUCGAGUGAACAGACUGAGGAAGUGAUGAUGGAGGUGACAGAGGAGCACCCAGAUGUACAGGCCAUCGUGGAGGAGGCUUUAAAGGAGGCGGAGCAGGUUGUAACCCCGCCCUCUCUGGACCUGUAUGCAGAGGUGCUGGAGAAUCACAUCAGAGAGAUUGAGGUGGCCGAUGCAGACUCAGAGAUCAAGAGAGGGUGGGUGCUGGACAACUUUCCCAGGAACAGGUCCCAGUUGGCCACCAUUCAGGAUCUCCACGAUGGGAUCAUGCCCGAUAUCCUGUUCUGCCUGAAAGACAAUGAUGGGGAAGGUAGGGUAGUAUUGAAGAGGAUGUAUGAACAGAACAGGGAGGAGGUUGACAAGGUAAUCAAGAGGCUUGAAGAACAGCAGAAACAGAAGGCCCAGGAGGCUCAAGAUUCCUUAAACCGUAUGCAGCAGGACCCAGAGGAGGAUCCUAAGCCAACAGAUCCUCAGGCCAAACUGGAGGCAGUGCAAGAGGAGGUGGAGGAUGAUGUGACUCUACCUGCAGUGUGGAAGAGAGGCUAUCCAGACGGUCCAGAGAUGAACCCAUUCAAGCUGCAGCUGAAGCAGUUUGUGAUGGACUGGGAGAGCAUGGAGUCCUCUAUCACAGGCAGCUACAAUGUACUGGAGACCUCUGGCAAGAGCCCUGAGGACCUGGUCCAGGAGAUGGUCUUCCACAUGGAGAAGCCCUUUAAGUACGUGGGCUGGGAGCUGUCAGGAGUAGACCUGGAUGAGGAGGAGGAGGAUGCUCAGGCCUUGGCUGAGCUGGAGAAACCUGAGGAGGCAGAGGGAGAGGAGGAACAGGAGACAGACGAGGAGGCAGCAUCUAAGAGGGUGAUGGGGGACACCCAACAUUUCUGUCCCGUGUCCCUGAAGGAGAACGGGGCACUGAUCCCCUGUCUGGAUGAAUAUGCUGCCAAGUACAGAGAGAAAGCCUACUACUUCUCUAGUACUGAGGCCAGGGAACGCUUCUUACUGAGCCCCGAGACAUACGUCUCACACACACAGCUAUUGCAGGCCCCAGCUCUGAGAGUCUUCCUGCUGGGUACGAGGGGCUCUGAUAAGACCACCCACGGGAAAUGGCUGGCGGAGAAACUGGGGGUUUUUCACAUCCAGUUCAGAGAGUGCCUGCAGGAGCUGAUCCUGGGGAAGACCCAGGCCCGCGUGCCCUACUCUGAUGAGGUGGAACCCCCUGAGGAGCCCCUUGAGGACCUGGAAGCACUUCUGCUGCAGGCACAGGGAGGGGCAGCAGUGCUCUCUAUGGACGAGGAGGAAAAGCACAGUGGGAAGGACAGCCCAGAGGAAGCCCCAGCAGCAGAGGGGGUGGGGCUGAGUGACGAGGAGGAGGCAAUUAAGUCCUAUCUGUUUGAUGGAGAGCCGCUGCCUCAGGAGAUCAUGGAGAUGAUGCUGCCACAGUUCUGGGACCAGGAGCCAUACAAAUCGAAAGGGUUCAUCCUGGAGGGUUUCCCCCAGAACCCUGAGGACGUGUCCUUCAUGGUGGAGCGCCGGCUGUUCCCGGACGCAGCUGUGGUCAUGACGGUGGACGUGAGAGACGUCGUGCGGCGCCUGCUGCCCCCCCGCCUAGCCAGCUGGAGAGAACGCCGUGACCGCAGGAGAGAACAGCUGAGACAAGUCAGGGAUCUACGCCACAAACUACGGGAGGAGGCCAUCACCCGGAGGAGGGCUGAGCUCAUGGCAGAGCAUGCCUCAAAGCAACCAGCUGCAAAGAUGAAGGAUGAGGAGGAUGAGGAGGAGUUUGAUGAGGAAGAGGAGGGGAUGGAGGAGAUCGAAGCCAUGCUGAUUGAGGAGUUUACUCUGGACGAGGAAGAUGAUGGGGAGGAUGAGGAGACAGAAGCGGCUGCCGAGGAGAGGCUGGAGAUGGAGAUCGGGGAACGCUUUGAAACAGACGACGCCAACUUCACUAGGAUGAUGGAACUCCUGGAUGAAAACCAGAUCCCUAAGCUGACCAUCAACGGUGGCCGUAAGUCCAGGAUCGUGCGUUACCAGCUGCUUCAGAAGGUUCAGCCUCUGGUGACCAACAGGGAGGCCCACUUCCACAAGUGCCAGCCCAUCAGCUAUACCCUGGCCCGCAAGCUGCUCUGCUACUCCUUCAAGUAUAACAGCUUCUUCGGCUGCUGGGACCCCGUCAAGUACACAGAGGGAGACCUGAUCCAGCCAGUGCAGGGUCCCCUGAACACAUCCUACCCCGUGCUCUUCCACCAGUUCAUCUACUUCUUCGCCUGCAAGGAGACGAGGAACACCUUCAUCCUCAACCCCAUCAAGUACCUGAAGCAGCCCAAACCCAACCCCUCCCUUCCCAUCAAACUGGUCAUUAUCGGACCCCCCAAGUCAGGCAAAACCACAGUGGCGAGGAUGUUUGCCCAUGAGUACAGCCUGACUCGUCUGUCCAUUGGGGACGUGAUGCGGACUGUGCUGGCCAGCCAGGGUAGGACAGAGCUGGCCACCCAGAUGAUGAAGCACCUCUCCCAGGGCCACACCUUGCCAGAUGAAUUGGCCAUCCAGUGUCUGGAGGUAGCCCUCAUGAGCCUGGUCUGCAGCACCAGAGGGUACGUGUUGGAUGGCUUCCCUAUGACGCGUAAGCAGGCUGAAUUGAUGGAGGCUCGGAGCAUUAUCCCAGUGCUUGUGGUGGAGCUGCAGCUGGACACCGUGGAGGUGCUGAAGAGAGGCCUCAGUGACAAGAUGAAACCCAACAGUCCCCACCUGAUGCAUGACAGCCCCCAGAUCCUGAACAUCCGUAACUCUAAUUUCAAGCAUGAGGUGGAGGCGGUGAGGCAGCACUACCAGCAGCAUUACCAGAACUGGGUCUCUGUGGAUGGACACAACUCCAAGUGGUGGGUCUGGAACAGAAUCCUGGAUGAGGCCCGCAUGAGCAUGAGACACAUCCACACCUACCUGGAGAAAAUACGCACCGGCCAUGCAGCUAGCAUCGACAGGCUGUGCAUAACACCAAAGGAGCUAAAGUCUCGGCUGGGUGAGUUUAGCUAUUACUGCCCUGUCAGCCUCGCCCUCCAUCGACACCUGGUGGACUGUUCUCUCACUACAUCUCUGGAGCUGGCAGCUGAGUUCAGGGGACACUAUUACAAGAUGUGCUCUCGGGAGUACCUGGAGCUCUUCCUUGAGACUCCAGAACAGUUUGUGAUCCCGGGCUGCCCACACGCUCUCCCCCCUUCCCACAUGUUGCCCAAGAAGCUGACGGCCGGCCAGGUGAAGGCCAGGUUCCCCAAGCAGGUGGAGAUGAAGGGCUACUGCCCCGUCACCUACCUGGAUGGGAGGCAGAGGUAUGAGGCCCUGGUUCGUGGAAGCGUGGAGUACUCUGUGGAAUAUCGGGAACAAAUCUACAUUUUCGAGAACGAACAGAAACAGGACAGGUUUCUGAGGUUACCUGAGACCUAUUGGAACCAGAAGCUGCCCGACAAGCUGCCUCCUAUGAGUGAGCCUGUGCAGCUCACCUCCCUGCCCAUGCUAGGCUACAUGGAACAGGGCGUGGCAAGAUCUAUCAUUAAAGCUCUGACUGCCGUCGGUUGUCUCAAACCAAAGUUCCCCUACCUCAGUCCGAAGAGAUCGGCACUCCAUUAUCUUGCAUUUUAUUUGAAAGCCUUCAACCCCAGGAACUCGGACUACAUCCGCCAGAAGUACAAGAAGAAGCUGGCGUCAUUUGAGGAGAAUUGUGAGCUUAUCUCCUACCUGGGCUCCACUAUGACCAAGAAGUACAGAGCUCCUCAGGAGCAGCCCAUAGACUUUGAAUUUAAGCUGCACAGGUUUUUGGCUUUUGGAGAGUCCACAGAGGCUGCUGCUGGGGUGCUAUAGUACCGCAUGACUUGUGAAAUAUUGUUCACUGAAAUGUUGAGCUCUAAGUAUUUCACAGGGUGCAUUGCACUCUUGAUAUAUCAAAGGAUGACAUUAGAAUUGCAGUCCUUUUAAACUGCUAUUAACAUUUUUAAAUGUUUAUUAUUUAACCAAAUGCAUUUUGUUAGUUCACCAUUUGUAAGUUGAAAGUCAGUGGGGUUUUCUUCAUACAUAUUAAAAACCCAGUGCAGUCAGAAA